UCCCGCCGACGCUGACAGUCGCGCUCACUUCCACGACUAAUGGUGCUUCACUUGACUGUUUUGUUAUCUGGCUUCAAAGGCCAACUUAGUCUAAGAGCCUGAAGCAUGUCGCCGGCAAAGGGAAGUCAUGGCCUGGACAACUAUGCAUUUACGAUUGACGGGCAGUUUUGCGAUAUACCUGACACCAAACGAAAAGGGGAGGAGGCGAUUGAUGAAGACACCAACAAGCUGGUUUACUGUGUAACAGAUGUUCCGCCCUGGUAUCUGUGUAUCAUUCUUGGAGUUCAGCACUGCUUGACUGCCUUCGGUGGUAUCGUUGCCAUCCCCUUGAUCCUGGCUCAGGGGUUGUGCCUCCAACAUGACGGCCUCACACAGAGUCACCUCAUCAGCACCAUCUUCUUUGUCUCUGGCAUCUGCACUUUGCUACAAGUAACCUUUGGCGUCCGGUUGCCAAUUCUCCAAGGUGGCACGUUUACGCUGCUGGCGCCAUCCAUGGCCAUGUUAUCCAUGCCUGAGUGGACUUGUCCUGCCUGGACACAGAAUGCCACCCUUGUGAACACGUCCUCCCCUGAAUUUAUCGAAGUGUGGCAGAGUCGACUGAGAGCGCUUCAAGGCUCCAUCAUGGUGGGAUCACUCUUCCAAGUGUUUGUGGGAUUUUCAGGCCUUAUUGGUCUCUUCAUGCGCUUCAUUGGACCGCUCACUAUUGCACCCACCAUCUCUCUUAUUGGCCUUUCUCUGUAUGACUCUGCUGGGUCCAGCGCUGGGAGUCACUGGGGCAUUUCCGCAAUGACUACUGUGUUGAUCAUCAUAUUCUCACAGUACCUCCGCCACAUACCUGUACCCUUCCCAGCGUACAACAGGGACAAAAAGCUCCACACGUGCCACAUCUACGUCUUUCAGAUUCUCCCUGUUUUACUGGGCCUCAUGUUGUCCUGGCUUAUCUGCUACAUUUUGACUGUAUAUGAUGUUUUUCCCUCGGAGCCAGACAAGUACGGAUACUUGGCUCGCACGGAUGUAAAGGGAGAUGUGAUGGCCCAGGCGCCAUGGUUGACCUUCCCAUAUCCUGGUAAAAUCCUGGAAUGGUUUAUUCCUCGAUUGAAAUGUUCCUGUCUUUGUGACUAUUUUUUCUAUAUCCCAAAUCCAGGCCAGUGGGGGUUGCCGACUGUGACUUUGGCCGGGGUUUUUGGCAUAUUGGCUGGUGUGAUUUCCUCCAUGAUCGAGUCUGUUGGGGACUACCACGCUUGUGCCAGGCUAUCCGGUGCGCCACCUCCCCCAAAACAUGCUAUCAACAGGGGGAUCGGAAUUGAGGGGCUGGGCAGUCUCCUGGCAGGGGCCUGGGGCACUGGCAACGGUACCACUUCCUACAGUGAAAACGUGGGAGCCCUCGGUAUCACAAAGGUUGGGAGUCGCAUGGUCAUCAUCGCCGGUGGAUUCUUGAUGAUCAUAAUGGGAGUUUUUGGGAAAGUGGGAGCCAUAUUCAGUACCUUGCCGUCGCCCGUGGUCGGAGGGAUGUUCAUGGUUAUGUUUGGAGUCAUUUGUGCAGCUGGAGUGUCCAAUCUACAGUAUACAGACAUGAACUCAUCUCGAAACAUCUUCAUCUUCGGCUUCUCCAUGUUCUCUGGUCUCGUCAUACCUAACUGGAUUAUUAAAAACCCCAGAGCCAUUGCCACAGGGGUGGUAGAACUUGACCAGGUUCUCCAGGUUCUUCUCACCACCAGCAUGUUUGUGGGAGGCUUCUUCGGCUUCAUUCUUGACAACACUAUACCAGGAUCGAAGCAGGAGCGGGGCAUCCUGGCGUGGAACAAGGUUCACAAUGAAGACUCAACCAACACCCUGGAGAACAGCGAAGUUUACAACCUCCCCUUUGGAAUCAGCUCCUACUUGUCGAACUUUCCCUGGAUUCGAUACGUUCCGUUCUGCCCCUCGGGCAGGAUGAGUUCCCUGCAUGAAUGUAAAGGGGAUGCCAGUUCUUUGAAGCCAAAGCAGGCAAAUGGACAUGCAGAAAUGAUCACUGUGGGAGUGGCUCUUUGAGAUCACUCGUCAAUAAUUCCGCACAAAGGUGUGAUAUUUUCAUAAUUUCAUUACUGGAGAAAGCUUGUGGCAUGAAUGGAUGCUAUGAAUCACAUUAUUGGCAAAUCCUCCCAGCUCAAUGAAAUAAUAUUUUGUGUCAUUGUACUGUGAGAGAGCAAGUCGCUGAAACGUUGUCCUUUAUUUAUGUUUUUGUUGUCUGAUUUGUCUAACUAUUGAAACGAUCCUGUUAUUUUGUAUAUGUUUAUGAUGUACAUGAAUACAUAAAUUAAUUUCUGAUUCUUC